AAAACAUGCUACUUUCAACAAAAACUAUCAAAUUCGUUUUUGUCUUAACUGUGGUUUUCUGCUUCAUCUAUAUUGUUCUUUUUAAGCAACAUUUGAUAACAACGUAUCACGCAUCUGGAACUUUAUUAUCCUCAAGUUUAUACCAGCCAACAAACAGAGCUAAACAACAAAUGAGAACAAAUGUUUCUUUCAGCUAUCCACUUGACUUGGUUUUCCCAUACAAGUACAACUUUACUUUAAAUGCAGAAGACAAAUGUAAACAUAAAUCUCCAUUCUUAGUUCUUCUAAUCGAGACACGACCUGUUGAGAUUGUUAACAGAAAUACUAUCCGAAGGACAUGGGCUAAUGAAAGUCUGAUAAAGGGAAUCUCAAUUCUAAGAUUGUUCCUACUAGGUAUUCCAGCAAAUAUAAAGUCUGCACUCCAGGCUAAGAUAGAAGAGGAAAGCGUGUUAUUCCAGGACCUCAUUCAGCAAGACUUCUUGGAUACUUACACUAAUCUGACAAUUAAAACAAUGAUGGGAUUCGAAUGGGUGACUAACUUUUGUCCUAACGCAUCUUAUAUCAUGAAAACAGAUUCAGACAUGUUUAUCAAUACUAAAUUCUUAGUAGAGUUCUUAAAUCCUGGAAAGCCAGUAAAGCCAAAUUAUUUUACAGGGAAAUUGUUAAAACGGAACUUCCCAUCACGGAAUAAGACAGAUAAAUGGUACAUCCCCUAUGAACUAUAUGCUGAUAAGUACUUUCCACCUUACUGCAUAGGUGCAGGUUAUAUAUUUUCAGGAGACUUGGCCAAAAAGAUUUAUGAAACUGCACAAGUUAUCAAACCACUCAAUCUUGAAGAUGUAUUUGUUGGAAUUUGCCUGCAAAAACUUGGUAUUAACAUCACAGUGUCAUCAUCUCUACUUUUCAAGAAGUUUAAAAAUGAUUAUAACAAAUGUAAGUACUUAAACCUCAUCUAUGUCCAUGGUAUCACUCCAGAGAAAUUACUACAAAUCUGGCCUGAUGUUUUGACUGCAUAUGAAAAAUGUCCUAGAAUGAGAGCAUAUUCAACGUAUAAUUACACUUCCAUACAUAGGGAAACAAACAAACUAACAAACAAGAAAAUCCAUGUUUAACAUAACUUGAUAUUCCAGUGACUAGUACAGGCCUGUUUCAUUGAGGUACAUACAACU